ACUUGUAGAAAGUAUUAAAUCGUUAUUCGCAACUGAUUCCAAAUAAUCUUUGAAACUGCAAACAAACAUAAAAUUUUCUCACUUUUCCCUCUCUUAGCAAGAAAAUGAAGAACAACGCACCACUGCCAUUGCAGUUUCUUGCACAGCAAGAACUGGAAAAAUGCCUGAAUGAUGAUACUCCGGCAAUGCCAAUUGAAGCCUUCAAUAACCCGACGCUUCACAAUCUCAGCAAAAUUGGUGUCUCCGUCAUAUCUGAAAGUUUAAAGAAUCAGAAUUAUGAUGCCUCUGUUCCCUAUCAUGCUAUCAAUCUGUUCUGUCGAUUCAUUUCAAGACGUAAAUUUCCGGAUAUUACGCCAGAUCAGAAAGUUGAUAGCACAGAUAUAACCAAGUUUGAGAAUUUGAUUUUUGAAGUACUUGACCAAUCUUCGGAUUCUGUAACUGCCCUGAGCUUCGUGGCAAACUUCCUGUCGAUAGUAUCAGAAUCCGACUUGAUUUUGAAACUUAAAGUCAUCAAGUUGAUAGUGCAUUCAGGAGAAGAGAUAAGUUUUAUGCAAUUCAAGCCUUCAGUGAUAGCUGCAUCAGCUAUACUUGUCACUUGCCCUACAAGUAAUCUGUCACAAUACAGGGAAAAGUUCACAGCUGUUCGAAUGGAUCCGAAUGACCUAGAUGCUUGCGUUCAUUUAAUGGACGAAUUUCGCAAGAAAAUGGCUAUCGCAAUUGACAAUGAUAAGGAUAAGCUUACUGGAGAUUACGGAUCAAGUUCGAGUUUAGGAACUGCUGAAGUGAACCUGAUGGAUUUUGAUGUGAAGUGGAUGAGUGAUCCGAAUUUGACAAUGGACCCGUCUCUAUUUCUGGAUGAAGAGGAAGAAGGAGAAGCUGAAUCUGUAGACACAAUCCAAGAUGAAGCUGAAGACGAUAAACACGAACUUGUAGCCCCAAUUGAAGAAUCUGUGGCAUCAUUUUUAAGAUUUUGUUAUAGAGGAUAAUUAUGACAACUGAAGCUGAUGAUACUGGUUAGCUUAGAUUGAUGAAUUCGCAUGCUCGGAAUGAUUCUCUAACGUUUAGUUUAGUUUAACUAAAAACCUCAUGGAAGGGAUUUUGUGCUUUUGCAAAUAUUUUAGUAGAA